CUUCCGGUGUUAAAGACAAAAACAGAUAGAGAAGCAUCCCAGCGGUGAGAAGAGGGCAGCUCGUCGACUUGGAGAGGGACUUGACUGUAGAAAGGUGGGCAGAUAACGUCAACCCAGGAGAGCAGAGAAGACCCCUGGAGGAGACCACCACCACGCGCACCGAGUCAUGGUGAAGAUCAGCUUCCAGUCUGUCGCGGGACAGAAAGUGGAAAAGGAGAGCGAUGGCGACAAAACCGAAAUCCUCAUCCCUCAUCCGCUGGACGAGGAGGAGCUGGUCCUACCUCUCCGGCCCAAGAAGUCUCCGCUCAACGGGCUGUGCUGCCUGACGUUUGGUCUGGUUGUCUUCAUGGCCGGUCUGGUCCUGGCCUCCAUCUACGUCUACCGCUACUACUUUAUACCUCAUAUCCCAGAGGAGAACCUGUUCCACUGCAGGGUUCUUUAUGAAGACUCCAUGUACGCCCCGCUGCGUGGGCGUCAGGAGCUGGAGGAGAAUGUCGGCAUCUACUUGGCUGACAACUAUGAGAAGAUCUCUGUUCCCGUACCUCACUUCGGAGGCAGUGACCCCGCUGAUAUUAUCCACGACUUCCACAGGGGGUUGACAGCCUACCAUGACAUUGCUUUGGACAAGUGCUAUGUCAUUGAACUCAACACCACCAUUGUGAUGCCUCCUCGAAACCUUUGGGAACUUCUGAUCAAUGUCAAGAAGGGAACGUACUUGCCUCAGACCUACAUCAUCCAUGAAGAGAUGGUUGUGACUGGCAAAGUGCACAACAUGCGUCAGCUGGGACCCUUCAUUUACCGUCUGUGCAACGGGAAGGACACGUACCGUCUGAACCGCCGCGUCACUCGCAGACGCAUCAACAAGCGCGAGGCAAAGGACUGCCACCACAUCCGUCACUUCGAGAACACAUUCGUGGUGGAGACGGUUAUCUGCGACGAAGCAUAAACAUGAAAGUCAAGUCAAGUGUCACUCCACCUGCCCAAAAGCACAUCUCCAGUCACUUCCCCAGCCACUGUAGCACCCUCCUGUGGAUCUGAUCAUGUCUGAGUCGCACUUUACUAGUGAUUUUUGUUGAAAGAGGUUUUCUUUUAUUUUCAUUUAAUUACCUGUCUUGUUUUUUUCUACUUCCUACAGGUACUACUAACACUAAAAUGUGAUGCAAUACUAAGCUGAUGGUUCUAUCACAGGAUUUUCCAUGUAGCAAAGUCCUUAGGCAAAUAGCAAAUUAUACAUUUUGAGACCUCCUCUUUUGGGAUUUGUACAAUGGUUACUGUUGUUGGGGGAGAUGACUGUCUCCAUGGGUUGUCAAGGUGACUGUACUUUUGUUUUUUCUCCUCCUCUGGAGAUAACCUUUGGUCUCUUCGUUCAGUAAGACCGUGCAGCCGCGCAGAGCAUGAAAUCCUGCUUCUUUGAGUAAGCACUAUCCAUAAAUCAAACAGUUAUUAUAUUUUAUUAUCUCUCAUCAUCUCUAUAACUAAUCCAUAUAACUACUGCUGACUAGUCGCUUGCUUGCAUCUUUACCCUCUUGCCUGCCUGUUGCUUUCUUGCUCUUCUUUCUGUAAUUAAUUUCCUAUGUAGAAAGCAUCAUUCCCAGUAGAAAUUAGAGAGGGUUGCAUUGGUUACAUACGUACCAAUAUUGAAGCACUUUUUUUGUAUAAUAUAAUGUAAACUUGGACCCACAUUUAGUUACAAGUUCCCUUUUUUCAUCAGCUUUCUUUUAUUUGAGCAAUACUUAUGUACUCUCUUCUUCACAGCAUUGGUGAAUCAUUUAACAAUGUCUUUGUUUUCCCUUGCAUGUGUUUAUCUAUAAGAACAAAAACAGCACUGUUAGAAUGUUUUGUAAAACAACGUUAAAGCCUUAGUCCAGAGUCAGAGACUGGACUAAAGUCAAUACUACUGAAGGAGAGAAUAAAUUAUAUGACAUGUUAGUUAAACUAAACCAACUUUGAUCUGUAUAUUUUGUCUGCCAAUGAAAUCUGUCUGUGAAUAAAGUAGUGAAAAAAAU